GGUGCAAAGGCAUUACACACUCUCUCUCUCUCUCUCUCUCUCUCUCUCUCUCUCUCUCUCUGAGCAUAACAUUUUCCCGAACGAUCUCAUCGGCAGAUCUUGUCAGCGAAUGCGGUUUGGGUUUCUUCUGUCGCUUGCUAUCGACAAAAGGGUGUUGUUCGUUGAUUGAAUCUGGAGGCAUGUCGAGACGACACGCGAAUCCGACUCGUAGGUACGGAGAUGGAGGAGGAGGAGCUGGUGGCUUGUUUAGCUCCAAAUCGAGAUCUUCGUCGUACCUGUCCAUUGGACUCUUGGUGUUGGGCUCGUUGCUUCUCGUUCUUUAUCUCCGUGGAGGUUCAGGUCGCACUAUACAGGCUUUCAGUAGAGUUGAAGGGGACUACACCUGCGCCAUGGAGGUUCAGCAAGCGCUUCCAAUUUUGAAGAAAACGUAUGGGGACAGUAUGCAUAAGGUUCUACACGUCGGUCCUGACACUUGUUCGAUUGUUUCUAACAUCAUGAAGGAAGAAGACACUGAGGCAUGGGGUGUGGAACCGUAUGAUCUUGAGGAUGCUGACAGUAAAUGCAAAGGACUCGUCCAUAGAGGCGCUGUUCGAGUUGCUGAUAUCAAGUUUCCUCUGCCAUACCGGGCAAAGUCAUUUCCACUCGUGAUUGUUUCGGAUGCCUUGGAUUACUUGUCUCCAAGGUACCUCAAUAAGACUCUUCCAGAUUUGGCAAGGGUAUCAGCCGAAAGCCUCGUGAUUUUUACAGGCAUUCCAGGUCAGCAAAGAUCUAAGUCGGCAGAUGUGUCGAGAUUCGGGAGGGCGGCAAAGCUGAGGAGUCCAUCUUGGUGGGUUCGGUUUUUCAUUCAGACCAGCCUCGAGGAAAAUGAUGCAGCGGUUAAGAAGUUCGAGCAGGCUGCCCUCCAGAGUUCAUACCGACCGAGCUGCCAAAUUUUCCACCUCAAGUCCUACCAGUGACGUUCUUCGCUGAAAGAAAAGCGUAUCGACAGUUCCACGGGCCGACGACUCAUUCUGGCAUCGUAACGCCCUUUCCUCCCUUUGUUUUCCUCUCCGUUUUUUCCGCUUAGAACUUCCACAUGAUUCACAUUCUUUACGGUUUUAACUUCAUUACAAGUGUGGAACCAUCCAUGGUUGCAACUCCAUGGACUCAGUUAGGUUUCCCCAAACACGAACGAAGGCUAAGAAGACACUAAUGAUCAUUUUCCAUAUGCUAAGUUCUUAAUCAUUUUUGCAUCAGUUUCCCUCAUUGAAACCCAUUAUAGUGUCAUUUGCUCAUAUGAAAUAAAGGUGAAACAUCAAAAGAUGGUUCAUUUUC